AUGCUCCUACCAUCUUUCAACAAAGUGGUAUAUCUGAAAAUUCUUCUGCCUUCUAUUGCUUCUGGUAUCGAUGGUGUCCUUAAUGUCUUGGCCACUAUACCUGUUGUUCUUCACAAUGGAUCGUUUGGGUCGUCGUCUGACAAUGAUUUCAUGGAGCUAUCGUCAUGGCCUAUUCUUAUACUUCUUUGUGGUAGAGUGAUAAGUGUUACUGGUGCCUCUAUUACGACUGCUGCUAACUGGCUUAUGAACUUUGUCAUUUCUGAAAUCAUCCCUGUCAUGUUGGCAAGUAUUAUUUGGGGGGGGAGAUUACUGGAAGAAAUAAAUGCCGUAUUUAGCGGUCAUAUCUUAUGUCACAAGAGUAAUAACGAAGAAAUUUCUAAUAAUGAUAAAAAAAAAGAGAUCUCUACUUAUGAAGAGUAA